GAUUUAAAAAUAAUGUUUCGGUUUUCAUUGGCUUUGCUUUGUGGUAGUUUCUAUAUGAAUGCCGUUGCAAAAUCACGGAGUGGCGUCAGUGGCAAAAAUCCUUUCGGAUUAAAUAACAAUGACGGGCGCCGGCAGUUCAGCAGCGAUGAAUUCAACGUGGACGGCUUGCGCAUACGCAACGUUGACCCUCUCGGCAAAGCUGCGUUGCGCAUUAGAGGUGGAAACUCUACGGACACUAUUAACUUCCCUUACAUGGCUGCUAUUAUAAUAAAUGGCAGAUUGUGGUGCGCGGGAGCGAUUAUAGAUCAGAAUUGGAUCGUCACAGCUGCGCAUUGUCUUAAUUACGUCCUUCACGUAUCCCCAAUGAAGACUCUACACAAGUACGUGAAAGUGCGCGUGGGCAGCAGCAGGCCGCACGAGGGGGGACAGCUUAUGGAAGUGGUUGGGGCGGUGAGACAUCCGAAGUUCGAGGAGGAGCCAGUUCCACAUGCUGACAUCGCGUUGUUGAAGCUUGCCGAUAAUCUUGAGUUUAACAAGCACGUGAACCUGAUUAAAAUCUAUGACGGAUCCAGGGAACCGUAUGCCCAGAGCUUCGUCGUUAUCACCGGUUGGGGAGCCACUAGGGGUUCAGAACUAGCCUUCAGAGACCACACUCCAGACCUCCUAACCGCUCGACUGAAGGUCCGAACUCAGCAUUACUGCAUGGACGCGUACCAGCUCGUCAACGGCUUCAUGUUCACAGAUGACUUCUUCUGCGCAUCGCUUCGGAACGGAAGCAGAGAUGCUUGUCUGUUCGAUGCAGGUGCGCCAGCAGUGCAGCAAAAUCGGUUAAUGGGCAUCAUGAGUUUUGGUCCUGAGCGCUGCGGCCAUGAGUACCAGCCAGCUGUCUUCAUCAAAGCCUUUUAUUUCAGGGAGUUUGUAAAAUACACAAUAUCAGCGUACAAGUCAACGCAAGAUCUGAUCGAGGCGAUGAAGGUUGUGGAUCCCACGAUUCGGCCUCCUUUACUUACUGUCGAGCAACCUCGUGAACAUCAGUUCGUGGAGUUCUGGCAGCGUGACGAGGUCACCGAGCCGGACCAGAAGCACGAUAAAUAAAUUGAUUGGAG